UCAAUCACUUUCAUGAUCGGUUGUCCGUCCGUCGAUGAUGGUCUGAGGUAAAACAAAAAUAAAAAAAAAGAAAAUGGAGAAGUGUCUAAGCGAAGAGUUUUCCCGUUGACUCCGUGCUUCCUGAAUCUGAAGGCGGCUGUUGACGAGUGGCUUUCCCCUCCUCCCUCCGGCUUUCUGAGGGGGAGAGAGGGGUAAAGUCUUGAAGACAACCGCCGCCAUGGCCGAGUUCGUGUUGCCGCGGCACAGCGCCGUGGUUGAGCGGCUCCGUAAGCGGAUCGAGCUGUGCCGCCGGCACCACACGGCCUGCGAGGCGCGCUACCAGCGGGCCUCGGCCGAGCGCCUGGACCUAGAGCGCCAGCACAGCCUGGCCCUCCACCAGCGCUGCCUACAGGCGAAGAACAAGCGGGCCGGCAAGCAGCGGCCUCCCCAGCCUCAGCCUCCGCCACCACCGCCUCCUACUACAGCCGUGCAGCAAGACUCGCAGGUCGGCUUCAGGAGCAGCAACCCCGGGGCCGCAACCAGCAAUGUGGACUCUCCUCCAGGAGCUGCGAGCGGGGAUCAAAGCAGAACAAGCACGCUGCAGGCGCUUCACGAGAGAGUGAAGAAGAAAUUGAUGGUUGAUGGCUCAUCUUUGAAUGGAGAUCAACAAAAUGGAUUUGAAGAUGGGAGCUAUUCAAGCCCUAAGAAACUCCGAUUGAAUGGAGAAGAUGCAUCAGGAUUGCUUGCAGUUAAUGCAUCUUCUAAUGGCAUGCCACCAAUGUCUCCGCUGCACCAACGUGACAAAAGAACUGUAAUUGGAGAGAGCACACAAAGCAAUGGAAACCAUUCCUUGGGCUUGGAUAAUGUGAAGAAAGAAAAUAUUCCUGACUCCAGUGUGCAGGUGAAUGGGAACUGUGAUGGUGCUGAUGGGUUCACUCUUAUUAAAGAACUUAAACAGGAGUCUAUGUUGGAUUUACAUGGUAUGAACCCUGCAGGCGCUUCUCUGUCUCAGAAUAACAUGUUUCCAGAUAUUAAUUUGAAUGAACAAGAGUGGCAGGAAUUGUUUGAUGAGCUAAACCGAUCUGUGCCAGACCAAGAUAUACAGGAUCUCUUCAAUGAAGAUUUUGAGGACAAAAAGGAUAUUGAACCGGCUGGUUCUUCUGAUCAAACAACCUUACAAGACAGCUUAACAAUAAAAACUGAGAUUUCUCCAUCUUCCUUUGAGCACGAGCAAAAAGGAUCUUCGCAAACUAGACCAUCUGCAUCAGGACCUUCAUUUUCAAGUGUAUCUGUCGCUCCUAUUAAUACAGUCCCUUCAGGAGCUGGUAUUUCUCAGGCUAUGGCACAAACAACACGCCCGACUCAGCUUUCAAUAAGACCGGAGUCUAGCACCCUGUUGCCUGGGAAGGCAGGGCCAUCUGUGGAACGGUCUCCUGCACAGCAGCUGCAGCAGAUGGCUGCUAAACAGAAGCAAAGAGCACAACUCCUACAGAAACAGCAAAUGCAGCACCCCCCGUCGAAUCAGGUACCAAACUGGUCAGCAGCACCUACCCAAAGCCCUCUUGGUGGACCCUACAGCCUCGAGAAACCUAACAGUCCUUCACUGUACCCACAAGACUUCAACCAAAAGCUUCCAAUGACCAGUGUGCAGCCAAAGAGCUCUCCAAAAGCUGGUGGUAAUUACCUUCAGCCAAAUCGUGUUCCAAUGUUAAGCCAUCAGCCUAACACUUUGGGUCAAAAUUCCACAAACAGCCAGGCUCCUCUGCUAAGCUAUGCCAACACUAAACGGUUAACUCAUUUUGAGAUGGAUAACAAUCCAAGAGCCGUGCCACCUAACCACAACAAAACUGCAAUGUUUGCCUAUGUGAGACAGCAGCAGACACUUUCCCAUCUCAGUGAUGAGCAGAAACGAAUGCUGUUGAAACAAAAGGAGCUUCCCCAGGGUGCUGUUACAUACAGGCCUCUUCUGCAGCACAGCCAGGAUCAAAAUCCUGGAACUGUCACCAGGACAUCAAACUCUGUCCAGGCAUCAGGUCCAGGCACUCAGCCUCCACCUGCUUCUAUCGCUGGUAACCAUGGAAAUGCUGCAUACAUCGGUACCCAGCAGCAGGCUGUCGCCAUGAAGCAGCAAAUUUUGAUGGAUCAGAAGCAACGAGAGCAGCAGUUACAGUUGAUGGAGCAGCAGAAGCAGCAAUAUCUUCAGAGACAGCAGCUGCUGGCAGAGCAGGAGAAGCAAAGAAAACAGCAGGAACAACAAUUGCAGAGGCACCUCACAAGGCCCCCGCCUCAAUAUCAAGACCAGCAGCAAAACCAGUACCGUGUUGAGCAAGUUAACCAGUUUCAGGGUCCCCCUCAAGUUCUUCCAACGGUUGGAAAUCUGGCUGCUGUGAAUGCAAGCAGCUCACGGUUGUUCCCUCAGAAUCAAAGCAUGAUCCAGAUUGGGCAAAGCCAGAGUUCUGCCUCCUCCAGUAGUUCUGCUGCUGGUCAGUCGGAACUAGGAGCAUCUCAGUACGGUAAUAUGCACAAUGUCCAACAGGGAAUGUACAAUGUAGGGUCAAAUGUGAACCAAAUGCUUCCACAUUCUGCCCAGGGCACAAUUGGAAAUGGGCAGCAUUCAAAUACAUUGCAGAUGCAACCUAGUAUGACUCAAGGAACUCCCAUGGUAACAGGAUACGGUCAAAAUCACCUCAACAGCUCAAACCAUGCACAACAGCAACACAACAAAGGAACGGUGAACCAGCCUGUCUCAAAGACCCACUUGCAGAGGUUACCAGGUGCUGUGGUAAGCCAAAAUCCAACAUGGCCCAGUCAAUCUUUGCAAAGCAUAAAUAACCAAAAUCAGACAAACAGCAAUCUAGUAGCAUUCAGCAGUACCUCAACCUUCCAUGUGCGUCCGUCUCGGCCUAAAUUUGCCAGCCAGCAAUUUGUGCAGGGAAUGUCUCGUGCAGGUCUUGCGUCAGUCAGACCAGUGGGAUCCAUCAACUCAACUGUUGGUGACCAAGUGAUACCUGCAUUAGGUGGACCUCUGUCACGGACAAACCAACCCUUGCAGCAGACUAUCCCUAGUUUAAACCAGUCCAUUCCGGACAUGACUAACUUUGCUUCCGGCCAACAAAUGGCCGCAAGGGGCAACCUCCAAUGCAACCAGGUUUACCAGGUAAGAGGCUCAAGCCAGGAACUACCUUUUAACUAUGGUAACCAGUCUGGUGGUAGCUCAGUUCAGGGGUUACCUGGAGAUACAGACUUGAUGGACUCUCUAUUGAAAAACAGGACUACAGAGGAAUGGAUAAUUGAUUUGGAUGAACUUUUGGGAUCUCAUCAUUGAAGGAUAGCUUGCUGAUCACAUGUAAUUUUUGAAUUUUUAUAUAAACAAUUUGGGACCAAAAAAUAAAACUGACAAAAUCCCCGUGGCACAUGGCAGGUAAAAAUGUGUGGUUGGGAAUGGUAUUAUGGACAGGUUUUUAAAAUAUUUCUAUUUUAUUGCGAAAUGGUCAGAUUACAACAUGUUUAUAUAAAAUAUAGUUUUUUAAAAAGUUCCUUUAUUGUACACGGGUUGUUCCUUGCCAGUCAGAAAAUCCACAUCCGAUCACAAUUUUUUGAGUAGUCAUCUCCACCCCUGUUUACCCAAGCUUGCCAGAUCAUAGUCAAGUAAUAGAAAUGGAGAUUGUUGGAAACACAUGGCUGGUUUGCCAGUUUUUGUACAUGUUUGCAAAAAGCCUAAUUAAUCUAAUGAAGAAUACACAUCUCUCUUUCUUGAUGUAGGUUGGCCUCUUGCCCAUUUCAAAAGUUUUCCAUUUUAUUUCAAGUUUUAGUCCUUUACAUUUUUGUUGCAUACUAUUCAGUAUUUUACCAUUUGCCAGUCAUUUCCCUUACUCUUGAUUUUAGUGGUAGCUUGGUCUUGCAGCCCAGCUAUUUCUCAAGAAAGGAAGUGACCAAUAAAGUCACUUAUUAAGAUGCAUUAUUAAGGGUUGAAUUCUUCAGCAGACAAAGCAGCCAUUGGCCCAUUGUGUCUGACAAGAAAGCACUCUGCCUAAUCCCACUUUCCAACCCCUUGUCUGUAGCCGUGGAGUUUAUGGCACUUCACCUAUAUAUCUAGGUUAUUUUUAAUUGUUGUUGAAGUUUUUUCCUCUACUACCCUAUCAGGCGGUGGGUUCCGGAACCGCCUCAUCCUAGUGAAAAUCAUUUUUCUGUAAUAACCUCUGAACCCCUUACCUCUCAACCUAAAUUGACAUCACAUUGUUAUGGAUCCCUUAAGCAGAUGAAGUGCAUAGGAAAGACCCCUUAAUUUGAUACAUUUCAGUUACGCCUGCCCUUAGCCGUCUCUCUUCGAAAGGAAGCAAUUAGUGUAUCCGGUCUUUCCUCACAAUUCAAAUUCUCCAGUCUGGGUAGCAUUCUUGUACCCUCAAGUGCAAUCACAUCUUUCCUAUUGUGUGUGAGCUGUUUUGUGCCAUUUUUUGUUGUGUCCCUGAUUUUAGAUCAUCUGCUUUAGUUAAUAGAGGGAAGGAUUCUGUAUUCCUCCUUGGUCACCUUAGCAACCCAUCCUUGCUGCUUUGUAGUGUGAUCUCAGCUUCCUGCUAUGUAAUUUGUGUAUGUUGUUCUGAUUCUGAUCUCAUUUUAGUUUUUUCUUUCUUCACUUUCUUGCUUUUUAUAUGACUUUCUAGCCAAGUUCAGCAAAAAAAGUGUGAGGUUUUUUAUGAAUUGCUCACUACAAAAUCAUCACGCGUCUUAGUUUAUCAUUUAUUUCCCAACCAUCUGUGUUGUGCGAGGCCCCAAAGGGCUCUCACUUUUAAGGAUGUGAAACUGCAGUCUGUUCAACAAAAAAAAGGGCAAGUUUCCUUCCCUCAAGUGCUUUAUUGAACCAGUGUUUCAGAUGGUUUGACAUAUUUGUUGUCAUGCACCAAAUUAUAAAAUUUAUUUCUGGAUCCCUUUUUCAAAAAUGUAUUCAAAUCAUGUUUCUCAAUGGGAUUUGAAUUCAUGUUUUCUGCAUUGUUAGUUUGGAAAUAUAACUACACCACUGUACCCCAUGGAAGUGAUCACUGUUCUCUUGCUCACAGUAGGAGAUAAGAAAUAAUACUGCGUUUGGAGUAUUCUUAAAUUAUAGUUGGAACGCAUCUGCAUUGCUGUAUUGAACAGUUCAUUGCACUUUACUUUUUUGUUUCAGAUCCCCCACAUCCCUGUAAAUUUGGAUUUGAUGGGGGCUUAGAAUACGAGUUAUUGUAUGUAAAGGCAUUUGUGGCACUAUGGUCUCUUUGGGCCUAUAGUCAAUCAAUUGAAUAAACUCCAUUUGGAUUGUUUCGGAAUCCUGACCAGACUUGUUUCAAACUUUUAAAAGUAGUUUGGCAGCUGAAAAAGUUAAAUUGCACUAUGCACUCAGUGACUGUUUCAUGCUUAUUUUAUCUUGUCCAGGCCACUGAGAGCAUAGUAUUUAAAGGGGAGGUUUUGACAUCUGCCAGUGCCUCAGGUAUGCUGUCUUUUUUUAGUAUUGGAAAUAUGGCUCUUUGGAGGCCUAUGCCACAUUUGUCUCUUCUGGAUAUUUAUAUACCAGAUGCAUUUGGGAGUGGCGGGGGUUUAGUAUUUGUCUUUUUCACUUGACUGGUGCAGGUGCAUAUUAUCAGGAUGAAAUGGCCAGAUACAGAAUGAAAAUCAGCCAUUCAUUUUCCCAACCAUCCAUUUCCCAUGGUUGAAAUAUCCUAUAACAAAUUUAUUGAAUUCCAAUCAUGGUGCUUGCAGAAUCUUAAUGUUUAAGUCAGUCAGAUUGUGUGCGUGUGUAUAUAAAUGUUUACAUUUUUAUAAAAGAAAAAUUGAUAUAAGUAUUUAGUUCCUUGUCUGUAAUAUAUUUUUGCAUUUUAUAGUUAAACGCAUUUCUUGGUAUGAUUUUUUUUCUAACUCUUAACUCUGCAACUGUAUUGAUAUUGACUGUACUCACUCUCUAACCUUCAUUUUUGUAUUCAGCUGUAAUGUCAGACUUUGAACCCCCACUAUUUGAACUUUUAAAGAUCAAUUCUGGGGGGAAAUAACCAAUGGCCAAAUCUGGUUUUAGUCAUUCUCUCCUUCAGAAUUGAAGGUUUUUAAAAAAGGUUUAAUUUAGUUUGCCCAGAAUCGGUGUUCUUUAAUGAAUAUUCCAUGUGUGUAUGUCAGGUUAUAGACAUCAAGUUCACCUGAGACUUGUUUUAUGUUAAUAUACAGUUUUGUUUUGAUUGAUCUCAUCCAACCUGCAUCCUCAUUGGACCCAUUGUAUCCCUGUGUAGAAAUGAAUCCAACUGAAGCCAGUUUAUAGUAUUGGGUCUAAUGACGUCUAAUUUUAUCUCGAGUUUUAACUCUCAUCUUAAUAGUACAUGCUGGCAGUUUUAAAGUUUUGACAAUUCAUUUCUGCUCCAAUCUUCUAAAAGGUAUCUGAUAUGUAUUUUUAAAACAAUCUUUAUUAACUUUAAUUCAGAUUAAAUCAAUACAUAUAGGUUAAAUACAGAUAAAGCUUUUAUUUGUGCCAAGCAAGCUAUAAAUGAUGCUAUUUUUGUUCCCCUAUGUACAACUUUUAAAGUGUUUUUAAAUGUUAAUCAAAUUGCAGUAAAGAAAGUGGUAUAAUUGCUCUUUUAAGUUUAAAAGUGUAAUUAAGAAAAUGAAGAUUCAAACAAUUGCAUACCAUUUUGGCACUGCACUUGGAAUUCAAAAAGCUAAUAUCAAAUCUGUCACUUUACAGUAAUUGUCUUCAUUCCUCUAGUUUGUGGCCUCUUUUACAGGUUAGGGUAUCUCUCAGAUUGCAUUUGCUAACUGACCCUCCUGGGCCUUGGGCAAGCUUGAUUUUUUUUUUAGUAAAUCUAUUGUGUUACUUGAAAAUAUAUAUAAUUGAAAGUGAAUUGAUGUUGACAUUUAAUGUACUACAUUGGAAAGUAGAGAACAAAAUAGGCUUCUGUCAAAUUUGCUAUUGGUGCCUGAAGAGGUUUUUAAACUAGUUAGAAAUGGUCAUUGGUAUUUAAUUGCCAGAAUAAUCUAAAUUAAAUAAAUAGGUCUGAGUUCAGUCUUCUCACUUUUAUAUUUUUAAGAGGCCCUGUUUAUAUUUGUGUAGUGUUAAUUUUAUUUGAUUAACUCUUCAAACACGGGGACAGGCCUUUCAUAUUACAAAAGAUUCUUGGGCCAUCUGUGGAAAACAAUUCUCAGCUUUUAAUUCUCUUUUAUGAAAGAAUGCUGUUAAUGCACACUCUCCAAUAGUACUGAUAUCAGUGCAAUCCUGGGCUGAAUUGACAGCCCAUUUCUCCUGUACCUGGGUUCUCCUCAACAAGCUGAUGGCGACCCAUCUAGUGUCAGCACUGAAAGCUGGAGUAUUUUCUCCUUCAACAAACUCAUGACUGAACUUUGAACUUUUAACCUACUCCACUUUCCUGUUCUACCCAUAUCCCUUAAUGAGUGGGAGGUAUGCUGCCAAUUGGCCUUGCAUUACUUUUUAAACAGUACUAUUGGGAAGUGAAAUUUUCUGGACAUGCGCUAUGUACCCUCCUCUGUCAUAGCUGCUCCCAUGUUCAUUUUCACCAUGAUCAGAAAUCCCUGUAUGUGGCUCUCAACAAAGCAUUGAAAAGAGGUUGUGACCCUCAGUAGUAACACUGCUUGAGGACCUGUCUGUAAUUGUCAGAUUGGGAAGUGAUUUGGUCAUCAUCAUGUCAAUGGAUCAGUGACACUGUUGGAUAUCUCUGUUCCUUUGACGUUAGGGGCCCCUUUUUUGUGGUCUCUCUCAGGUCGUACAGAGUGUGAUUGAGAGCACAGCUGCCUGAAACCAAGCCCCUGUCAAUGUUGCUGUGAUCUCCUGGCUACAUUGUGGACAGAAGUAUAUGAAUUUGACUCUCUGAACAUCCCAACGGAAUCUGGCCAAGAUUGGUGUGGGGACUGGCUUACUGAUACAGUAUUGGUGUUUGUGUUAAUACUUUAAGAGGUUCAACCUUGCAUUCUGGCGAUGGGGUCAGUAGAUCUAAGUUGAAAACUUUGUAGGAACCUGCUGGACUUCGUAUAAUGAAUUUGUUUCAGUUUAUCUAAAACUGUUUCCCAUUCUCCACUUAUGAUUAACCCAAACUAGAUUUGGCCAUGUGGGAUUUUUUCUAUCAUAAACUAUUUAAUUGUAAAUAAACUAAAUAUUGAGAACC